CUGGCGCCACAGCACUUUGCAAAAACUAACACUGAACUGUGUGGAUCCAGUUAAGUACUCGCGUAUACAUUUAUAAACCCUUAAGCCCACUCCCUCCACACUCACAGAGACACUUAGCUGCCUCCUGUUAAUCUUCCCUCCUUGCCUAGCUAGCUUCGAAAGCCGCGUACCCCGUACGUGCAGGAAUUGCCAAGAAGAAGGAAGGAACCAAGCAUGUCGAAGCUUGCUGUGCUAGUCCCCGCCGUGGUUGCGGUGAUCGUGCUGUGCGCGUGCACGACGCCGGCGCGCGGCGGCGACGACUACACGGCGUUCGUGUACGCCGGGUGCUCGCAGGGGCGGUACGACCCCGGUUCGCAGUACGCCGCGGACGUGGACACCGCGCUCUCCUCCCUCGUGAACAGCGCAGGCUUCACCGCCUACGGCAACUACACCUCGCCGCCGCCGUCUUCGUCGACGGGCCAGCUGGCCGGCGUGUACCAGUGCCGCUCCGACCUCCCCGCCGCGGUGUGCGGCGUCUGCGUGAAGUCGGCCGUGUCCAAGCUCUCCUCGCUCUGCAACACGGCGGCGGGCGCCGCCGUGCAGCUGCGCGCCUGCUUCGUCCGGUACGGGAACGACUCGUUCCUGGGGAAGCAGGACACGACGGUGCUGUUCAAGAAGUGCGGCGGCGACAGCGGCGGCGGGGACACGGGCGUGGUGGCCAUGCGCGACGCGGCGCUGGGCGCGCUCGUGGCCGCCGCCGCGGCGCCCGCCGACGAAGGAUCGUACCGCGCCGGGGCGGCCGGGUACGUGCAGGCCAUGUCGCAGUGCGUCGGGGACCUCGGCGCCAAGGCCUGCACCGACUGCGUCUCGGCGGCGUCCUCGCAGCUCAAGGCCGGCUGCGGCUACGCCUCCGCCGGGGAGGUGUACCUCGGCAAGUGCUACGCGCGCUUCUGGUCCAAUAAUGCCGCCGGCGGCAGCGGCGGAGGAGUACCGGUCGUCGGAGGUGGUGGCGCCGGUACCGGCGGCGGCGGCAAUGUCAUCGGUGGCGGCGGCGGCGUGGGAGGAGCAGCAGGCAAUGGAUACGCAUACGGUGGAUUCGUGCCAAACACGUACGGACAGCACGAUGAAUCUGGGAAAACCCUUGCCAUCAUCAUCGGCUUGGUGGCGGCGGUCGCCAUUGUUAUCGUCUUCCUCUCCUUCCUCCGUAGGGCUGGCGGUGUCGGCGGGAAAAGCUAAGAGCAUGCAAUGCAGGAUGGUCACCUCUUGGUUCAGAUUGGAUCGGUCGGUGGCUUUGGCUUGAAAACCGCUUUACUCCAUCUGCCUCCUUUUUAAUCUUUUAGGGUCUCUUUUGUCAUGUCUUUAUCUCUCGAAACAAAGGGAAGCCAUUAUGAAAUGGUGCAAGCUGAAAGGCGUUCCCUGUGCAGACAUGCAUGUGAAGUAUGAAGAUUCCAUCCGGUACCACCUACUCAGCUAGUGCUAGGUAGCCACGAUGCAAGACAUAUUUUCCGCAAAAAUAACAAAUUAUGUCGUCGAUCUCUGCCCGUUAUAUAUAUACUUAUAUACAGUGUACUUAUUAUGGAGCAUGAUUCAACAUUAUAUUGUGAAAGUUUAUGUGUCGAAUUGGUGUCGUCUCUUUAUACGGUUGGUGAUGUGAAUUUAUGUACAUUAUUGUUAUUAUUAUCAGUAUAUCUUUAAGGUAA